AUCGCCAAUUCUUCCACCUUCCGUCCAUCCUCUCGCUCAUUUCUUUCUCCUUGGGACUAUCUCCUGGUGAGUGUAUAGGUCCUAGGCGCGGUCGUUGAGAGACCGCCCAUCUGCCCACUAUGAGGCCGUUUACCGCACUUGCUGCGCUGUGCGGCUUGUUCCUGUCCAGCAACAGCUUGGUCUAUGCCGACUCGGCUCCCUCGAGCUCCCCUGUAGCUCUCCCUCGCGAUUUCAAGCCUCCCCAAGUGUUUAAGAACGCCAAUCUUGUCCGCAACACCAAUUUGGAGAAGGGAUACCUACGUGAGACCGUCAAUGUUGUCGUUGAGAAUGUGGACAAGAAGCCGCAAUCCGACUACUACUUGUCCUUCCCAUCCGACCUUUACGACAAGGUCGGUGCCCUAGAAGUCCGUGAUAAAUCGGCUCCUGAACAGGGACGCUUCGAAGUGGAAGCUACCGAGUUCGACUCAAGCAGGGACUUCCAGUACUUCGUUGUUCACCUCCCCAAGCCUCUCGCCCCUUCGUCGCAGAUCACCCUGGGCAUCUCCUACUCCGCCCUCAAUAUCCUGAAGCCCCGUCCUGCGGCCAUCAGCCAGAAUGAUCGCCAGUACCUCGCCUAUGCCUUCUCUGCCUACGCUCCCUCGGCUUACACGACAACGACCCAGAAGACCAAGAUCAAGUUCCCCAGCACCAAUGUUCCCGACUACACCUCCACGGACCUGACGUCGGGCGCGGAUCCAGAGCGCCAGGGUGCCACCUACACCUACGGACCCUACGCCGACGUCGCUCCCGAGACCACCUACCCGGCCAGUGUCCGGUACGAGUUCACCAAGCCCGUCAUCACUGCCACUCUUCUGGAGCGUGACCUGGAAGUAUCCCACUGGGGCGGCAACCUGGCGACGGAAGAGCGCUACUGGCUGCGCAACAACGGCUCCAAGCUCACCGACAACUUCAACCGCGUCGAAUGGACCAUCAGCAGCUACCAGCAGCUGCCGUCCUCCGCUAUCCGCGAGCUGAAGAUCCCCCUCAAGCCCGGCUCCGUGGACCCCUACUUCACCGACGACAUUGGCAACGUUUCCACGAGCCGCUACCGUCCCGGAAAGGUCCCGAACCGUGACGCCUCCCUGGAGCUUCGUCCCCGGUUCCCCAUCUUCGGCGGAUGGAACUACAGCUUCCGCAUUGGCUGGAACAACGACCUCUCUGCCUUCCUUCGCAAGGCUGUCACCGGCGCUGAUUCCUACGUCCUCAAGGUCCCCUUCAUCGAGGGCCCCAAGGUUUCCGAGGGUAUUCAGUAUGAGAAGGCCGUCGUGCGCAUCAUCCUCCCCGAGGGUGCCCGGAACGUCCGCUACGAGCUCCUCGAGAAGGCGACUAGCAAUGGUCUCCCCGGUGCGAACCAGAUCCAGACUGAGCUCACCAGCCACAAGACUUUCAUGGAUACCCUAGGACGCACGGCGCUGACUUUGACCGUGGAGGAGUUGACGGAUGAGGCCCGUGACUCGCAGAUAGUGGUAAGUAACUACCUCCAUACGCCGGAUAAAUAUCGGGAAUAGUGCAGCUCAUUUUUGGAUAUAGGUCACUUACGACUACUCUCUGU